UAUAUAAUCCAGUGAACUCUUAACGUUGUAGUUUUAUCAGUCUUGAUUUUUUAAACAGUCAUGUGAGAUCCGCUCCUUUAGAACAUCGAAGCUCAUAAACAUAUCAGUUAUAUUAUAUUAUAAACCAUAACAUGCAUACCAAACUUUAUACCAGAACUAUUUUUACCAUAUCCAUCACAACAUAUUUGAUUAUAAACCAUGUGGGUCUAAUUAUUAAAGCAGAGUCUGAAGUUUCUAAUUAUGAUUUUUGGCCGUCAAAUAUAUUGGGUAAGCGUGCGAUGCAAUUGGUUAGAGACCAUUUGUCUAGAAGACAAGAGAGGAAAAAGUCGAGAACUUCAAAACAAAUUUGUUACGACAUGGUGGGAUGCUUCCCUAUACCCCGGACCAAUUAUUCGCCACUCAUGAAAUCGCCUCAGUCGCCGGAYACGGUGGAUACGAAAUUUCUGGUUAUGACCCGACAGAAUCGUAGCAAUCUGAUUUUGGUCACGUAUGGCGAUCAGCACGUUUCGAUGAACAACUCUAACUUCAGGCCUGAGCUACCGACGAAAAUCAUCAUCCACGGAUUCAAAGGCAGCGGACACGACAAGGUGGCAAAACUUCUAGGCAACGCGCUCCUGGACCUGGAAGACGCUAAUGUGAUUUUCGUGGACUGGGAAAAGGGAGCCGCCGGGCCGGGUUACGCACUAGCGGCCGCCAACACCCAGUUGAUCGGACGUCAGCUGGCGAUAUUGAUAUCGGAUAUGGUGGCGCUGAACAGCGACCCGGCAAAAAUUCACAUGAUCGGGUUCAGCCUCGGRGCCCACGUGGCGGGUUUCGCGGGAAAGGCGUUGAAACUGAUCGACAUACGCGUCGGCAGAAUUACAGGUCUGGAUCCCGCGUCYCCGCUGUUCAGACAAAUGUUGUCGGCCUCGCUGCCGUCACUGAGUUCAGACGACGCUGCGUUCGUUGACAUAGUGCACACAGACGGCGCCAGGAUAUGGUCCGAGGGGUUCGGCCUGUUCAACCCGAUUGGUGACGUCGACUACUUCCCGAACGGCGGUCUCGACCAGCCAGGCUGUGAACAAGUCCGCGGUUCGGUAAUCUUAAGCCGGUUCGAGGGAACGAUGAACUCAAGCGUGGUAUGUAAUCAUCUUCGGGCGUUACAGUUCUUCUUAGAAAGUCUCAAAGCUGUAUCAGAUCCUAAUGCAUGUCAGUUUACCACAUUUCCAUGCCCUGCUGGAUGGUCAAUGUUUCAAAGGGGCGAGUGUUUCCCCACAAAUUGCACAGAUUCAAAUUGUGUGACCAUGGGUUUUGCGGCAUCUCAAUCGAAACUCCGCGGUCCAYUGUAUUUGACAACUAGAGACUCAAGUCCAUUUUGCGGGCGACAGCUUAAGGCAUCCGUUUUAAUAUCUCCAAAAACAUCUAAACUUCGAGGUUACUUGCAAAUAUCGUUAGAAGAUGGAGACAAUACGGCAAAUUUUAAGCUACGAACAAAAUAUACGGAUUAUAUUUCGGGCGGACUUUUAGCUGAAGGACUUUCAGUUGCUAAAUAUGAAAAAUCUGUACAAAAAUAUUUAAAUGUCGAGUUAAGCUUCCAAUCGUUAGCUUAUCAAACUGAAAACGAAAAGCAUGGGCUCAACAGUAAUGUCAAUGUGGUUGUGGACAAGGUAUCCAUUUUUGACACUGAAGGAAACAUAUGGUCUAAUUGUACAGAWAAUUUGAAUUUAAUCCACGUGGACGGAACAACGAUAUACGCCCAAACGUAUUCACUUUCAUUAUUUGCUGCUUGUUAGACGGGAUGGCUAAGGACGGUCAAUUAUUUUUAUUUUUAUUUAUUGGAUGUAUCUACUUAACGAACGACUGAAAUAUUGUUACAUAUAUAUUAUAAUACUUAACAAUGUAUAAUAUAAUGGUUAUAUUAUAAACUAA